AAGAACAUAAAAACAAAGUUGCGACUAUUUGUUUUUCGUAUGAGCAAUAUUUUUUUAAUAUUCACAUUUAUCUUGGUUAUCUUUUUUCUCAGUACGGCCCUAGUUCUUGUCGUAAAAAAUGAACUGUUCGGAUUCAAACAUGUUAAGGUAAAGUAACUCUUCCUGACGAGCUAAUGCUAAUUAGCUCACUCCAGCUACUAGCCUAGAGCAGCAGCAGGUGGUGAGUCAGGAAAUAUUCCCUCCCAACCGAUCAUGAUUCCUCUUCGGCACCAGCAUCUUCAGCCCCAAUCCUUCGUGAUUUCACAUCGAGUGGAGCUUUUAUACAAGCUGUUUUUACUGGAAAACGCCAAGAAAAUGUUUGAACGAGAACUCAACGAGUUUGUCAACGAGGCCUAUGUCACUGUCCAAGAUUGUUUGAAUUCAGUCCUUCCCAAUAUAACGUUUAAUCUGCCAAAGGUAUUGGACAAAAAAUGUGAAGAGAUAAACAAGCUGUUGGCAAAAUUAAAGGCCCUCAAUGCCAAAGAGCCACACGUUCGUAUCCAGCCGGCUGUCAGGAAAGAAGUGAGAACAAACCAGCAUCAGCCAUAUGCAGAUAAAAGGAUUCUUAUAACAGAUGUUCUCAGGUUUGGGCCCAUGUUACAGAAUGUACUUCUGGCAAACUCCAUAGCAAAAUCAGUCCAGGUGCUUGCAGGGAAGCUGUCCCUCCAGCAGCUGAAGCAUUUCCUCAUUUUCCAGCCUUUAGCAGCCCAAGAAGAUGACACGAUUUACUGUAUCUCAUCCAGCUACAAAAGUACUCAUCAUAUGAAGAGUUUGUCCGGCUACUUAAAGGUCAAGGAGAAGGAACAGUGUGUGAUUCAUGCGAAAAGCCAAAGAGAUGAUGUGAUUUUGGAACCUGCCCUUAUUCAGCGCCCCGAGAUUAAUGCAGAGAGUCUACCGCUACUUCUCCCAAAAACAAAUGCUGUAUUUCCUCAAAUCCGUAACCCCCAACCGAUGAAAGCAACACCACUAAUUUGCUGGCGACAGGCAGAUGAUGUCCAGGUUCAACACCAAAAGCAGACUUCCUCUCAGCUCCUGCACUUCCUCAGAACCAAAGCGAAAAACUUGGAUGCAGUGGAGGUCACUGUCAUGGAGUGGAAUAAAAGUAUGCUCUCUUCGUGUUCGCCAAUGUCAACGUCACCUACCAUUAAAACGCAAAGCUUCCAGUUCAGGAAUGUACCGAAAUCAAAGGCUUCAGAAUCACUGUUUGCAAAUAUGGAUCACAAAGCACCUGUAUUUAAAAUAAAACAAAUGGAACCAAGUGGAUCAAUGACCUACACAUGUGUGAUUGCAACUAAGACUGAAUUGUGGGAUGUAGGAGACAUCUUUACAGAGGUACGACAAACGCAAACAAAUGACAAUGUGACCAAAAAUGAAAAUCACCAAAGUAUAGACAUUCAAGUGGUGAAUACUAAUGUAACAGAUCAAGGGAAAAGACAAACAUACCAGUGCACAGAACCAAAAACAAACAACAAUUUUGGUGAUACAAACACCUCAGUGAUCAGCACCGUCGUCAUUCCUGAGUUCCAGGUGCGCAAGUUUGAAGAGACUGAGGUUGUGGUGUCCCAUGUUGUCAGCCCUGGAAACUUUUACAUCCAGCAUGCAAACUCCAGCACCAAGCUGCAGGCCCUUCUCAGUGACAGCUGCAAAGCCAGUAGUUCUUAUGCUGAGCAGAACUACAUUCCAGGCAUUGGAACCAAAGUCAUGGGUUUGUUCCCUAAGCAGGAACAAUGGUGCAGGUCUCAGGUGACAAAGAUAUGUGGUGUAAGUGAAGAAAAUCACAAAGAAGAUGGACAUGAGGCUUCAAUCAAAUUGGAAGUGAAGAGGCUGGACUAUGGUGACACUGCCUGUCUGUCUCUGCAGCAUAUCAGGGCACUGACCCCAGAAAUGGCUGUUCUUCCCCUACAGGCUAUACAGGUUUCACUUGCAAAUGUGACGCCUUUAAAUGGGAGAGAAUGGUCUGAGGAGUCAGUGGGCUGGUUCAAAGACAUGGUUCACAACAGGACACUCUAUGCCAGGCUUUACCCGCACGGACCCAAAGUUACUGUGGAACUGUUUAUGGAAAAGGGAAUGCUUGGAGCAAUGAGGAGGAGUGCAUCGCUGUCAGUGAGACUGGCUCAGAAUGGACAUGCAAACCAUAGUUACCUGAAGAAUGGCAGUCUUAAAAAUAAUGGCGUCAAAAAGAGAACACAGAUUUCGGACUGGGAAAAAAGCCUCAUCUCAUGUUACACUCACAACAAGUGGGGACAAUGAGAAAAGGAAAUGAUGGUUGUGGUUAUGUUAAGGGAGGAGUUUGACUGGAGAAACUUGGUAAAGCGGAUUACGCUGACGGCUGUUGCCUUUUAACCUUUGACCUGAAAGGAUGGAGUUGUGCCAUUGUGUGUCCCACAACGCUAGUGCACCAAAAGUAGCUUACAU